UUACUGAUCAUUUGACAUAUGAAAGUUUGCACAUGUGACCAAAGUGAUAUUGGCAUGGCAUAUACCUUAAAUUAGGAUAAACUGGUCCUUAUUUUAAAGGAAAGGUAAGGUGUGGAAAUUAACUCGCCACGUUCUAAAAGAUGGGGUUGGGUAUGAGACGAGGAAAGGAAAUCAGAGGAAGGAAAAAAGAUCUGACAUGAAAAGCCAUCUAACUAAUACACGCAUGAGCAUGCUCGUAGUCUUAGAACGUAUGCCCACCCACAUUUCAUGCACAUUACUAAAUCAAUUGCCAGAUCCCGUGGAAAGUGGCCGACGGCGAUAAGCAUUAAUAUUUCCGACGAUAUGUAUAACUAAAUCAAACAGAAUAGUCACAAAACAAAUACUCACAAACAUUAAUUAUGAUAUGGUUUUAUGUAUACUUAACUAACACUGUUAUACAAAUUUUACCAGCCAGUAAUUGAUCAAAAUGGUCAAAUAGGUUUGAACGUUCUAUCUAUAAGACUAUAACGAGUAUAAUUUUUUUCUUUAAUGAAUGAUUAAUUUCAUAUUUUAUUUUUAAGUCAUUGCUGUUAUAAUGACGUGAAAUCUGGUUAUCAUGUCAUAAGCGACUGCAAGUAUAAAUAGCUACACUUGAAUCAGCAAACAAAAACCACCAAUAGCAAUAGUCAUUCCCAUCUUCCCUCUCUAAUCCGAGAAAAACAAAAUGGGCAGUCUUAAUGGCCACAACCAGCUUCACGUCUACAUCUUCCCGUUCAUGGCGCACGGCCACCUGAUCCCGGCCGUCGACAUGGCCAAGCUCUUCGCUUCCCGAGGCGUCAAGACCACCAUCGUCAUCACCCCUCUCAACGCCGCCUUCUUCUCCAAAACCAUCCAAAAGCACUCUUCGUCGGGCCGGGCCGAGAUCCAGGCCCGAAUCAUCGACUUCCCGGCUGCCCGGGCCGGGCUGCCGGAGCAAUGCGAGAACCUCGACUUCAUCACCUCCCAAAACUUGGGAAUGGAAGCCACCAUCAACUUCUUCCGGGCCUCCACCAUGCUCCAGGAGCCCUUCGAGAAGCUUCUGGAACAAGACCGCCCCGCCUGCGUGGUGGCCGACAUGUUCUACCCGUGGGCCACCGAAUCCGCCGCCAAGUUCGGGAUCCCCCGGCUGGUCUUCCACGGCACCAGCUGCUUCGCUCAGUGCGUCGGCGAGGCCCUGGCGGCCCACGCGCCGCAGCAGCGAGUGGAGUCCGAUGCAGAGCCGUUCGUACUCCCGGGGCUUCCGGAUGAAGUCCGGCUGACCAAGCGCCAGCUGUCACCUUUGGCGGCUCUGGUUGGCGGAACCAGUUUCCUGUCCCAACUUUUCAAGAGAGUCAGGGAGUCUUACUCCGAGGUCUACGGGACGGUGUUCAACAGCUUCUACGAGCUGGAACCCGCUUACGUGGACCAUUUUAGGAAGAUUCUUGGAAGGAAGGCGUGGUAUGUGGGCCCGGUCUCGCUUUGCAACGGUGACGUGGAGGACAAGGCCAGCCGCGGGAAGGGAGCGGUGAUCGACAAAGACGAGUGCCUGAAAUGGUUGGACUCCAAGGAAGCAAACGCCGUCGUUUAUGUAUGUUUCGGUAGUCAAGCGGAUUUCACUGCCCAACAGCUGAGGGAGAUCGCGGUCGGGAUCGAAUCCUCCGGUCAGCCAUUUAUAUGGGUGGUGCGUGGUCGAAACGACGUCGAAGAGGAUUGGUUGCCCAAAGGAUUCGAGGAGAGCACCGCAGGAAGAGGACUAAUAAUCCAAGGCUGGGCUCCACAGGUUCUGAUUCUAGAGCACGAGGCGAUAGGAGGAUUUGUGACACACUGUGGAUGGAACUCGACGCUGGAGGGGAUUGCUGCGGGGCUGCCGAUGGUGACGUGGCCGGUGGGGGCAGAGCAGUUUUACAACGAGAAGCUGGUGACGGAGGUUGUGAAGAUUGGCCUUGAGGUUGGGGUGGAGCAGUCAUCGACUUACGGAGUGAAGAUGAUACGUAGCGACAUGGUAGAGAGGGCAGUGCGCCGAAUCAUGUCUAAGGAGGAUGAAGUGAUGGCGGAAAUGCGCCGGAAAGUGAAAGGGCUCGGGGAGGCGGCGAGGAAAGCUUUGGAAGCAGGGGGUUCUUCGUACUCUGAUUUGGGUGCUCUGAUUGAGGAGCUGGAAUUGAUGUCUUGACGUACGUGGGUGCUAAAUUAAUGGAGCGAUGCCUAUGUUAAAUAUAAAUUGGAGUGAUGAUUUUAGUAAGGGGUUUAUACCCUCACAUAGAAUCCGUCUAGAAUUUCAUAUCCCAUGUAUGGAAAUUGGAAUUUCAUCACAUUGAAAUAUUUAUGAAUAAAUUGGCUUGAACUCAAAAGUCAUGUACAAAACACAUGCAUAUUCUUCUACUUUUAUUCCCACUAGUUUUUUUACCAGCGCUUCACGGCGGUAAGAAAGUAAUUAUUUUGAAAACUUUAUCCACUCGUUACAUGAUUUAUUUUUAUUUUUUUCGGUAAUUGGAUCUGUAUUUUAUUUAAGCAUGGCUUUGAUCAAGAUGAUCAAGCUCUCGAAAACUGAACCUGUCCACACUUACAUGGAAACUAAGAAUACUACCUACCUCCACUACAUCCCACUGGCGGGUAAAAGUAAACCAAACUGCAAAUUUCCUAAGCUAUACAGAUGUAUUUCAUUACGUAUAACUUGUAUAAGGGCUUGGCUAGACCUAUGUUGCUUCACAAACACUCGAAGAUUCCUUUCCUUCCAUAGCAUCCCAACAAUCCAGCACCAUACAGAACCAUAAAGAAGUCAUAUCUCCCCCUGCUGCUGCACCAUCGCACAAGCUUGUUGCAAACAGCCCUGCCACGAUGUUAGCCAACUAAUGUUUGGAAAAAAACUGCAGAAGAACAGCAGAGUAAUAUGGAUAGCAGAAGAAAAGAUGAUCCCUUGUCUCUCUCGAGCCUCCACAAAGCAUACAAACAUUAUUUUCAACAAUACCCCACUCCAAUAGCUUAUCUUUAGUGUUUAUCUGAUCUGGCACUACUAACCACGUAAGCAAUCGAUACUUUGGAACACAAAACUUUCCCCACAACACCUUAUACCAAUCAACAACUGGCUGUUUAAUAUGGAUUGAGCGCCAGAUUUGCUUACCUGAAAAUUUGACCAUCUGCUCGCCCUCCCAACAUCCAUGGCCUGGCCCCAGAACAGUAAAACGAAACUUGAACCAGGGCCUAAUCUUAAGCAGUCGUCUCCAAACCCAGGAGCCAGCUUAGUUGGGCUUGAUAUCCUAGAUUGACUUGCUCUUUAACCGAUAUUUAGUGAUCCAAACAACCCAAAGGCUACCCCCUUGGUUACAUGAUUUAUUGAAACCAAAUACUUCAAAAAAUAGCUCAUGUAAGAUACUUUCAUAAGUUUUAUGUAGUGCCUUAAUCAUAAUACAAUAUUUACGUGAUA